AUGCGUGAGGUUAUCUCCAUCCACGUCGGACAAGCCGGAGUCCAAAUCGGAAACGCGUGCUGGGAGCUCUACUGCCUCGAGCACGGAAUCCAGCCCGAUGGAACCAUGCCAACACAGUCCACCAACGAGGGCGAGUCCUUCACCACCUUCUUCUCCGACACCGGAUCCGGCCGUUACGUGCCAAGAUCGAUCUUCGUCGAUCUCGAGCCAACCGUCGUUGACGAGAUCCGCACUGGAACCUACAAGAAGUUGUUCCAUCCAGAGCAGAUGAUCACCGGAAAGGAAGAUGCCGCCAACAACUACGCCCGUGGACACUACACCGUCGGAAAGGAGCUCAUCGACACCGUUCUUGACAGAAUCCGUCGUUUGGCUGAUAACUGCAGUGGACUUCAAGGAUUCUUCGUCUUCCACUCGUUCGGAGGAGGUACCGGAUCCGGAUUCACCUCUCUUCUUAUGGAGCGUCUUUCCGUCGACUACGGAAAGAAGUCCAAGUUGGAGUUCUCCAUCUACCCAGCUCCACAGGUCUCAACCGCCGUCGUUGAGCCAUACAACUCUAUUCUCACCACUCACACCACUUUGGAGCACUCUGACUGCGCUUUCAUGGUUGAUAACGAGGCUAUUUAUGAUAUCUGCCGCAGAAACUUGGAUGUCGAGCGCCCAAGCUACACCAACCUCAACAGAAUUAUCUCCCAGGUUGUCUCUUCUAUCACCGCCUCCUUGAGAUUCGAUGGAGCCCUCAACGUAGAUCUCAACGAGUUCCAGACCAACUUGGUGCCAUACCCAAGAAUUCACUUCCCAUUGGCUGCCUACACUCCACUUAUCUCUGCUGAGAAGGCGUACCACGAGGCUCUUUCGGUCAGCGACAUCACCAACAGCUGCUUCGAGCCAGCCAACCAGAUGGUCAAGUGCGAUCCAAGACACGGAAAGUACAUGGCUGUUUGCCUCUUGUACCGUGGAGAUGUUGUGCCAAAGGACGUCAACACCGCCAUCGCCGCCAUCAAGACCAAGCGUACGAUCCAAUUCGUCGACUGGUGCCCAACCGGAUUCAAGGUCGGAAUCAACUACCAGCCACCAACCGUUGUGCCAGGAGGAGAUCUUGCCAAGGUGCCACGCGCCGUAUGCAUGCUCUCCAACACCACCGCCAUCGCUGAGGCCUGGUCUCGUUUGGACUACAAGUUCGACUUGAUGUACGCCAAGCGCGCCUUCGUUCACUGGUACGUCGGAGAAGGAAUGGAGGAGGGAGAGUUCACCGAGGCUCGUGAGGACUUGGCCGCUCUCGAGAAGGACUACGAGGAGGUCGGAGCCGACUCUAACGAGGGAGGCGAGGAGGAGGGAGAGGAGUACUAA